GUCCGUGCCACAGUAGGCUGAAGGUUCAGCUAGUGUACAACACAGCAAAACAUUUGUUUAUUUUAUUUUUAAACAAAAGGAAUGUAAACGACCGUUUAUUAGAAUAGAGCCAAUCAGUAUUGAACUGUGAUAUGUGUACUAAACAAGAAUUAUCAAAGUAGUGCAAUUGGAACAAAAAACAAGUGUUCGUAUACCAAAUGAGUCUUUAGUGCACAAUGGUUAUUAAAAGUGAUAAAACCCUCUCGCCUUUCGCCGCCCCGGCCGAAAGCCGGUCAAGCCUUCGCCAAGCCCUCCCCCAAAUCCUGGCCGUUUGCGUCAAAAACGUCCUCCUUCUAGGCUUCGGCAUGACACUAGGCUUUCCCACAAUUCUCAUUCCCAGCCUCUCGGGGAGCGACCCCAACGAGCCUAUCUCUUUGGGCCAGGAAGCCAUUUCGUGGAUUGGCUCCAUCAACCUCAUCUGUGUUCCAAUAGGGUGCCUCCUCUCGGGGGCUGCAACCCAGCCCAUCGGGCGGCGGCGAGCAAUGCAACUCGUAAACAUACCUUUUCUAACAGCCUGGCUCCUCUUCUACUUCUCCACCGACGUCUGGCAGAUUUUCCUCGCUUUGUGCAUCACCGGAGUCACCGGAGGCUUGCUCGAAGCCCCCACUCUCACUUACGUUGCAGAAAUCACUCUACCUAGUCUUAGAGGGAUUUUAUCAUCAACCAGUGGCGUGGCCGUAAUUUGCGGAAUUUUAGCCCAAUUCUUACUAGGAACCUUCUUGAAUUGGAGGAUUGUUGCUCUAGUGAGCGUAGUUGUCCCAAUUGUGUCUUUCUUUCUCCUGUUUUUCGUCCCUGAAAGCCCCUAUUGGCUCAUAUUGAAAAAUCGCCAUGAAGACGCAAGAAAAUGUAUUGCUUGGUUGCGUGGAUGGACAACAGUCGAAGAAAUCGAACCCGAAUUUACCGAAUUGUGCAAACAAAUCAGUUCAACAGUGAGUGAAAAACCCACCAUUAUCGACAAGUUAAAACUUUUUACAAAGAAAAACUUCUUUUGGCCCUUUUUGGUAGUGUCUUUUGCUUUCUUCAUGAGCCAGUUUAGUGGUACUACUCCAUUACAAAUCUACGCAGUCAAAAUUUUUGCAACGUUGAAAGCACCCAUCGAUGAGUACUACGCAACUGUCGCCAUGGGUGUUGCUGAGGUUCUUGGGUGUGUAUUAAGUACUUGCCUGGUACAUUACACCGGGAAAAGAAAAAUGAAUUUUUUCUCGUUAAUUAGUUGUGGCCUUUGCUUCCUCAUUGUUGCAACUUAUGCCUACUUGCAUAAUAUCAACCAUUUAGAGAAAUUUUCGUCAAUUAACCGUUCCGGUGAUACGAGUUGGUUACCGAUGGUUUUUCUUAUAACUGCGGCUUUUUGUACCCACACUGGGAUAAAAUUGUUGCCGUGGAUGCUCAUCGGAGAGGUCUAUUCGAACGAAACUAGAGCUACAGCAUCUGGGUUUUCGGGUGCUGUGAGCUACGUUUUUGGCUUUAUUUCAAUCAAAAUUUUUUUGUAUUUAGUCAACUGGAUCACGCUUCCUGGUACUUUCUGGUUUUAUUGUGUGAUGUGUUUUGUUGGUACCAUUGUUCUUUACUUUAUUUUGCCCGAAACUGAGGGAAAAACUCUCUUCGAAAUCACCGAACACUUUGCCAGUAAUUCUAAGUUAAGCAACAAAGUAACACGAAUCAAAGAUAUCCGCAAAGGCGAAAUAAAUAACGCUUAUGUUUCAAAUGACGAAACUAGAGUCUAAUUCUUCCUUUCUUCUCUCUUCUAGUCUAGUUUAUUAUUACCGAUGUUUUUUCCAGACUUUGACGUACGUUGCUGAAAUCACUCAGCCGAGUCUCAGAGGAAUUUUAGCAUCCACAAGCACAGUCUCUGUGA